UUAGUUUAAAACCUCCAGCACCUCUCCAGUCAGCUUGUAACAAUGGCCAGGUUUGUGCGUAAAGAGGAAUCUGGGAUUACCAGAGACUAUGUGAAUCUACCUGAGCCAAAGAACGAUGCCCAACAGCCCGAACGAGGCACUGCUGCAGAUGAGACAGGGAGAAAACUCUUCAAGCUGGUUGCUGUGAGCUUCGGACUCCUUUGUGUCCUUCAAGCUGCUCUCAACAUUUCCCUGCGUCUCGCUCUCUUCACAAAAGCGAGAUACACAAAUCUCACUGCGGAGACCAUCGAGCUGAGGAAAGAACUGCUUCCCUUUGAUCGCUAUUUCCAAGAAGGCUGGGUGUAUAUACGUCCCAGUUUCUAUUACAUUUCUUCUUCUAAGAAAUCCUGGCAGGAGAGCAGGGAUGACUGUCGGAAUAGAGGUGCCGACCUGGUGAUCAUCAACAGUGAAAAUGAGCAGGAUUUCACAAGAAAGUUUGAGUUGCAAUACACAUGGAUUGGACUGUCAACUGGAGAAGACAAUAACACUUGGAUUUGGGUGGAUGGCUCACCACUGAGCAAAAGCUACUGGGGCCCGGGGGAGCCAAACGAUUAUCUAGGCACAACUUCAAAAAAUGAAAGAUGUGUUGAAAUAAGGUUCUUUGAAGAACGGGACAGCUGGAAUGAUAGAAAUUGUAAUGAUCAAAACCAAUGGAUCUGUGAAAUGAAGAUAGCAUUAUAACUCAGUGUUUCCUCUUCUUCAUUAUCUGAAUGGACAAACAUUUGACUCUGUCGUGGCUUUUAAUGGAGGAAUGAUGUAACGACUUAGGAGGUAGGAAAUUGUUUUGGGGAUCUUCUGCCUACGUCUUAUCCAGCCUACAACUCACAUCUCCUCAGAGCGUUGUGUGUGUGUGUUUGUUUGUUUACUUGUUUGUUAUAUUUGCUAUUUCUGUAUCCAGUGGCAGUUUGUCACACUUACCUACCUCCAAGUGAUACCAGGAUCAGGAAUCAGGAAUCAGGAAACAUUUAUUGCCAAAAUAUGUCAAACAUACAAGGAAUUUGUCUUGACGGUUGGUGCGUGACAGUAGAAUGAACACAACUGAAUGUAAUAUCCUGUUAAUACACACCCUUUUGAGGUAGCCAUGUUCUACUUUUCUGUCUGGAAUAUGUUGUAAAAUGAAUAAAAAGAUUUAUAUAAGAGGUAGGAAAGGUACCAAACAAAUUUGUCACACUGUGUUCACGCUACAUAGUGAAGAACUUCCAAAUGAAAAGCAGCAUUCCAAUGAUGUGACCAUUGUCAACCAAUCAUGUCUCCUUGUUUCAACCUAUUCCCUUAUGUCUGAUAAACCCAUUAGCCAGUUCAUAGUGCUGUUUAAUGGUGGUCAACAAUGUGACCACUGUGAAUCAUCACAGUGGCGUAUCUGUAUGUAAAAUAAGCAAUGCAAGGAACAGUUUUUCCAAUGUCUUUGUGGAGUGACAUUUGAGCUUGAUGUAUGUUGAUGUAUGGGUUAAUAAAUGAAUUAACCAAUA